AUGGAAUCCACCGAGAUCCACCAAACCGCUGUUGUGGACGAGUCCAUGGCCGACUUCAACGACAACCCUGCCGAGCAGGGUGAGCUGGAGACCCCUCUCAAGUCCGAUGAGGAGUACGCCGUCUCUGAGCUUACUCUCCGUGCCAUCGUUUCCUCUAAGGAGGCCGGUGUUAUCAUUGGCAAGGCGGGCAAGAACGUUGCCGACUUGCGCGACGAGACCGCUGUCAAGGCCGGUGUGAGCAAGGUAGUUCCUGGCGUCCAUGACCGUGUCCUGACCAUCACUGGUCAAUUGCGCUCGCUUGCUCGAGCCUAUGCGAUCGUGGCCAAGGGUCUCCUGGAGGGUGCCCCGCAGAUGGGCAUGGGCGGCGUUGUCUCUAACAAUGGAACCCACCCUAUCCGCCUUCUUAUCUCCCACAAUCAGAUGGGCACCAUCAUCGGACGACAGGGUCUGAAGAUUAAGCACAUCCAGGACGCGUCAGGUGUCCGUAUGGUCGCACAGAAGGAAAUGCUUCCUCAAUCUACCGAGCGCAUUGUGGAGGUCCAGGGUACACCCGAUGGCAUCGAGAAGGCUGUUUGGGAAAUUGGCAAGUGUCUGCUUGACGACUGGCAACGUGGCACCGGCACCGUCCUUUACAACCCCGCUGUGCGAGCUUCCCUCACUGGCUCGCAGCCCCUCAGCAACAACGCCCCGGCUGGAAAUGGUUACCCGAACAACAACAGCAGCCGUCAGUACAACCGCACCGGCAACGGUGCCGACUUCAGCGAUGGUAGCUACAACCGCCGAUCGAACUCCGAUGCUGGCAACCGCGGCUACCCCUUGGUCACGGAAGACGGCGAGGAGAUCCAGACCCAGAAUAUCAGCAUUCCUGCGGAUAUGGUUGGAUGCAUCAUUGGCCGGGGUGGCACUAAGAUCACAGAGAUCCGCCGCAGCUCCGGAGCUCGGAUUUCGAUCGCCAAGGCCCCUCAUGAUGAGACUGGCGAGCGUAUGUUCACCAUCAUGGGAAGUGCUCAGGCCAAUGAAAAGGCUCUGUACCUCCUCUACGAGAACCUCGAGGCUGAGAAGACUCGCCGCAGCCAGCUUCCUCAGGAGUGA